AUGCCAGCCAGAGGUGGGGGGGGCCCUGGGCGUUCAAGGAGGGGGGGCCCCCGUGGCGGCCGCGGCAGCAAGCCGCAGCGAGGCAGUCGCUCUGUCCCUUCAGUAGAAGAAGUCUUAGCUAGGAAUGCAGCCGCAAGCAGCAACUCUGAAGAAAGCGAUGAAUCAGAGGAGGAGACAGAGCAGCAGCAACAGCAGCAGCAGCAGCAGCAGCAGCAUGCACGCAGAGGCCCCCUUGCACAGCUGGACGAUGAUGUACGUCAUCCGUACACAGGACCUGCAGCAACUGAUACUGCAGCAGCAGCAGCAGCAGCAACAGCAGCAGCAGUACCAAUAGCAACAAGAGUAGAAGCAACAGCAGCAGCAAUAGUAGCACCAGUAUCGCAAGCCGCAGAAGCAGCAAUAAAAGCACGAGCAGCAGCAGCAGGAACAGCAUCAGAAACAGAAGUGGCAGCAGCAAGAGAAGCAGCAGCAACAAUAGCACCAGCAGCAGCAGCAGCAGCAGUUGAUAUGAUGCGUUGA